UUCCCAUCAAAAUAUAACUAGAAAUUGGUAGUUAUGGAAAUUGAAGUAACACUGCUGUUCAUAUGUGGAUUUUUCUCACCAGCUUUCCUUCUGCUUCUCAGUUUCUUAAUUUGUCAAUCUUCCCGAUGCCUCUGCUUUAUUAGCUUAAACUUUACCUUACCCUCUUCCACUCUCUCUCUUCAGUCUUUUCUACAUCACUUUAAGCCUUUCACCCACAAACCGACUAUUUUUCCAAUUCUCUCUCUCACUCUCUGCUCAGUUCUGAGUUCUCAACUUUCUUCACCAUCAAUUUCUCACAGAAAGGUGAGUUUUUUAAUCUCUUUAAGGUCCUUCACACUUACUCCUAACGGUCACUUUGUCGUUUGUUGUGAUGUUGUGUGUUUUCGUAUGCUUGGUGCUUGUUCUCUGCAACUUUAAUGGUUUUGUUGAGCCUUUGAAUGGUGAAGGCUAUGCACUUUUGUCCUUUAAGCAGUCCAUUUAUGAGGAUCCAGAAGGGUUUUUGAGUAACUGGAACUCUUCUGAUGAAAACCCUUGUUCAUGGAAUGGUGUUGUAUGUAAGGAGCAAAGAGUGGUCUCUGUUAGCAUUCCAAGGAAGAAGCUUUAUGGCUUUCUUCCUUCUUCUUUAGGCUCUCUCUCUGAUCUUCGCCAUGUUAAUUUAAGGAAUAAUAAAUUUUUUGGAAGUUUACCUACUGGGCUCCUUGAACUUCAGGGGCUACAAAGUUUGGUCCUUUAUGGGAAUUCUUUCUCUGGGCCUUUGCCAAAUGACAUUGGCAAGUUGAAGUACCUUCAAACUUUAGAUUUAUCACAGAAUUUCUUUAAUGGGUCAUUGUCUACAUCAAUUUUGCAAUGCAAGAGAUUAAAAACCCUUGAUCUUAGUCAAAAUAAUUUUACUGGUCCUUUGCCAGAUAGGUUUGGUACUGGUUUGGUUUCACUUGAAAAACUUGAUCUUUCAUUCAAUAACUUCAAUGGUUCAAUCCCUGGUAACAUGGGAAAUUUGACCAGUUUGCAAGGAACUGUUGAUUUGUCCCAUAAUUUACUCAGUGGUUCAAUUCCAGCCAGUUUAGGAAAUCUUCCCGAAAAGGUGUAUAUUGAUCUAAGUUAUAACAAUUUGAGUGGACCAAUACCUAAAAGUGGUGCUCUUACUAAUAGAGGACCAACUGCAUUUAUAGGAAAUCCAGGACUCUGUGGAACGCCAUUGAAGAACCCAUGUUCUGACACUUCAAGUGCAAAUUCACCAUCCUCGUAUCCCUUUUUGCCUGACAAUUAUCCACCGGAGAAUUUGGGUGAUGAUGGUGGAAAGAUUGAGAAAGGAAGAGGACUAAGUAAGGGUGCUGUAGUUGCCAUAAUAGUGAGUGAUGUAAUUGGAAUUUGCCUUGUUGGGUUAUUGUUCUCAUACUGUUAUCUAAAGAUUUGUGGUUCUGACGAGGGUAAGGAUGAGAAUGGUUAUGGUUUUGAGAAAGGAAAAAAGGGAAAGCAAGAGUGUUUUGGCUUUUGGAAAGAUGAAUCUAAGACUCUAUUAGAGAAUGUGGAGCAGCAUGAUCUUGUGCCACCAGAUACACAUGUGGCUUUCGAUUUGGAUGAACUGCUUAAGGCCUCAGCUUUUGUUCUUGGAAAGAACAGAAUCGGGAUUGUCUACAAAGUUGUUCUUGAAAAUGGACUAACCUUAGCUGUGAGAAGAUUGGGUGAAGGUGGAUCUCAAAGGUUCAAGGAAUUCCAAAGAGAAGUUGAAGCAAUUGGAAAGCUAAGGCAUCCUAAUAUUGUACCCCUCAGAGCUUAUUACUGGUCAGUCAACGAGAAGCUCCUUAUCUAUGAUUACAUACCUAAUGGAAGCCUUGAAAUUGCGCUUCAUGGGAAGCCGGGAAUUGUUCCGUUCAUGCCAUUAUCUUGGUCAGUUCGGUGUAGAAUCAUAAAAGGGAUUGCAAAAGGCUUGGUUUAUCUUCAUGAAUUUAGUCCCAAAAAGUAUGUCCAUGGAGAUUUGAAGCCAAGUAAUAUUCUGCUUGGCCGGAACAUGGAACCACACAUAUCCAACUUUGGACUUGGAUGCCUCGCUAAUAUUACUGGUGGUUCUCCAACUCUGCAAUCUAAUCGAACUCCUGCAGAUAAACCUCAAGAAAGACAGUCAAGGAGUGUAUCUUCAGAAGUUACUUCAACGAAUUCAUCAAGUGACUUGGGUACUUAUUAUCAGGCCCCUGAAGCAGGCAAAGUGGUGAACCCAUCACAGAAAUGGGAUAUCUACUCCUAUGGGGUAAUUUUACUAGGAAUGAUUACCGGAAGAACACCGGUUAUUAAUGUGGGAUCUUCAGAAAUGGAUAUUGUCCACUGGAUUCAGCUCUGCAUUGAAGAGAAAAAGGCACUUGCAGAUGUUUUAGACCCAUAUUUAGUACCCACUGCCGACAAAGAAGAAGAGGAGAUCACUGCAGUUCUAAAGAUUGCAAUGGCUUGUGUUCAUAGCAGCCCGGAACGGAGACCUACAAUGCGACAUAUCUCCAAUGCUUUGGACAGAUUGGCUACUUCCAUUGACUAAGAAUAUCUUAUAACAAAGAAUCCUGAACCUCAAAUAUGCUUGAACGUUUCUAAGAUACACUGUGACAGAGGCAUUGCUAGAGAUAGAUGAUGAAUGGUUGUGCUUCAACUGAAAAUGUGUAGCCUAUUACAAUUGCUCUAGUGUGAAGAAAUGUGUUCAUAAUCUUUUUAUUAUGUGUUGUAGAAUCUAGAUGAACGCAGGUCUGCAUAAGAGCAUGCUUUGAGAAAUUCGGUCCAACUUAGAUUGAAUUCGAAUGUUCGGAUUGAUUCAAACUCAGCUCAUUUUAUGAAAACAAACUCAAUCCUUUGUUUGAAUUCAACUUGUUCAAUCCGAGUUCAAGGAUUCUAAAUCUAAUGAGAAUUAGUAACUUUUCUUU